GGCAGCAAAAGGGGCAGCCGCCGGGAGCCGCUGGCCAGUCCCGCUCGCGCUGCCGUCCAGCAUGUGGACCAAAGUGAUCGCCGGCGUUCUGUGCACGGCCGCCGCCGCCUCGUCGGUGCCGAACUGCCCGGUCCUGCCAGUGAUCAGUGCGGCGGAGAAGAAGAGGCAGGGCACCCUGGCUGGAAACUGGGUGAACGAACUAGGCUCCAAGAUGGUCCUCGAGCUGCCCAAUGCCAAGGGCGAGUUCUCUGGGACCUACCUGACCAGCGUCUCUGCCUCCCAGAAGCCCAUCGUGAAAUCGCCCCUGAUUGGGAUCCAGCAUGCCCCCUUGAGGGAGGGCCAGGUCACCUUUGGCUUUACCGUCAACUGGGCCUUCUCAGAUUCCACAGCUGUCUUUGUGGGGCAGAGGUUUGUGGAUGAAAAGGGCAAAGAAACCCUGGAGACCAUGUGGCUCCUGCGUGAGGAGAUGGACUCUGCUGGAGACAAUUGGAAAGCCACCAGGGUUGGCACAAACAUCUUCAAACGAGAACCAUAGCUGGCCUUGCUGGCUGCCUUUCCUCCCAGCGCUGGACUGGUGGCAAGCAAGUCUCCACUGCUGCUGUUUCCCAUCUUCCUUGAAAAAAAAGAAGUACUUUGCCUGUUUUUUCCUUCUCCUCCCUUUCAGCUCUUGUGGGUCAGCCUCCCCUUAUUUGGUGAGAUCUGAUGCCGUUCACCAGCAGACAAGCCCAUGUCCUCAUGAGCCCUCCCAGACCAUCCUGGUUGGAAAGGAAUGGCCAGGCUUCCUUCCAUUUUGAGAAAACAGGGAUUCAGCUAUUACAAUAAAAAAUCAUCCCAAUGCCUGUGGCCAGUUUAGACUAUAUCACAUUCCUCCCCACUGGUCCCAGGGCCAUUCAGCUUUGGGGAGUGGAAGGCCCGGGUUCUCUCCCACAGCACCUGCAUCAGGCCACCAAGCCGAUCUCCUUCCAGCCUGGGUGAGCCUGGACAGCAGCUGGCUGGCAUGGGUGACUGGGGGUGGCGGGGGGAGGAGAGGCUGGUUGGUCAGUCAUUCUAAGGAGGAAAGAAAGUGGAAUAGCACCAAACCAGCAUCCUGUCAGCUGAUAGGCUUCUUUUGAAUGCAACUGCAUAAAAGGCUUGCACAAAAUUGAUUUGUGGCAAAUGGCUAAAUCCUUUUUCUGGCUAUCUGUCAACCCCCGCUCCCUCCCAAUUUGAAGGGGAUACCCAGCACCUCGAAUUGCGACUGCAAAGAAACUGGAAGUCAAUGUACUUGCACAGCAGUGGUGUAGCAGGGGCAGACCAAGAUCACAUACACCAUUGCAUUGCAUUGUGGAGCAGUUGAAGUUUCUGGGUGGUCUCUGAGGGCAGCUGCAUGGACAGAGCAUUGUGGUGGUCCAAAAGGGAAGUGACUGGGGCAGGAGGUCCCACAAGCAGGGCCUCCUGGUCCAGCAACAGGUGCAGUUGGAACACAAGAUAAAAGGUCUUCCUAGCCAUGGUGGCCACCUGUUCCUCGAGCAGGAGCCGCACGUCCAGGAGGACCCCCAAAUUAGGCACCAGCUGUUUGGAGGAGGACUUCCCCAUCCAGAGUAAAGAAGGUAACUGCAGAUUCAGGAGACCCAAAACCUUGAGCCCCUGUGG